AUGUCUGAAAUUAUCAAUAUUCGACAAGACGAUCAACUUAAAUCAUUAUUUUUACCUACUAAGCCUUUUGCAAAAGAGAACUAUAACCCUGAUAAUGAUUUGAAACACGAUUUUAUUUCAUCAUUAAUUACUAAUAAAAAGAUUAAAAAUGAUAAUAACGAUCUAGAACAAAUUCUUAGAUUAUUACUUUCAAAAGGAAGAAUUAAUUAUUAUAAUCUGGAUACUGAAAAGGAUAACCAUAUAGAAUUAUAUUCAGCCAAUAGUAAUGAUCAAAUUCGUUCUCAUGGGAUUCCUAAUCAAUCAUCAUCUCUUAUCGGCUCUACCCCUAUAACAAUACUAAUAUCAUCAACUGAAUCUUCACCUGUAUCUAAUAGAAUG